GAAGUUCCUGGAGUUGAUGGUUGGGAUGGCUCCCCGGACCUGGCGUCGGCGGACCCUGGAGAAGUGUCUAAAAGAGAUCGGUGAAGCCGCCAGGCAGCCGGAGUGUUUCCUCACGAUUCAAGAUGGAUUAGCAUCACACUUUACUUCUUUAACAAAAGUUCUUUAUGACUUUAAUAAAGUAGUGGAGAACGGUGGCAUCCCUGGAAGUCGUUUACAGAAACUUAUGAUAAACAAUUUUCAUGAGGAGCAGAUUUGGCAACAACUGGAAUUGCAAAAUGAACCAAUUUUACACUACUUUCAGAAUGCAGUUAGUGAAACAAUUAAAGAUGAAGACAUCAGUCUUCUCCCAGAGAAUGAAGAAGUGGAGUGUGAAGAGGAUGGUUCAGAGGUGGCAGCCGUUAGUCAGGAGGACCUAGAACAAGAUUUGGAAGAAGAAGAAUCAGGAAAAAGUUCCAGAAAUCUGAAAUACAAAGAUUACUUCGAUCCAGUUGAGAAUGAUGAAGGUAAAUCAAAUAUUUAUGAUGACGAGCUGGGUUCAGAUGAAGAAGAGGAAGAAUUUGCUGGAGAAGAAGCAGAUGAAGAAAGCAUUUCAGAAACGGAUGACGAUAAUGACCUGGAAGAAAGUGAAGAGGAUAAACAGCAUAAAGAAGGCUCAAAGAGAGUGACUUUUGCUUUGCCAGAUGAUGGGGAAAAUAAAGAUACAGAUAUGUUAAAUGUAAAGGAAGAUUUUGAUGAAAAUAAAUCCUCUUUUGAAAAAAGACAAGAGAAGAUGAAUGAAAAAAUUGCAUCUUUAGAGAAAGAAUUACUGGAAAAAAAGCCUUGGCAGCUUCAGGGGGAAGUGACGGCCCAGAAGCGACCGGAGAACAGCCUCCUGGAGGAGACGCUGCACUUCGACCAUGCCGUCCGCAUGGCUCCUGUGAUCACAGAGGAGACCACCCUCCAGCUAGAGGACAUCAUUAAGCAGAGGAUAAGAGAUCAGGCGUGGGAUGAUGUAGUACGGAAGGAAAAACCUAAAGAGGAUGCGUAUGAAUAUAAGAAGCGAUUAACCUUAGACCAGGAGAAGAGUAAACUGAGCCUUGCUGAAAUUUAUGAGCAGGAGUACAUGAAACUCAACCAGCAAAAAACUGCAGAAGAAGAAAAUCCAGAGCAUGUAGAAAUUCAGAAGAUGAUGGAUUCUCUCUUCCUAAAAUUAGAUGCGCUGUCAAACUUCCACUUCAUCCCCAAACCGCCGGUGCCAGAGAUUAAAGUGGUGUCCAAUCUGCCAGCAAUAGCCAUGGAGGAAGUGGCCCCUGUGAGAGUCAGUGACACGGCUCUAGCCCCUGAGGAAAUCAAGGAGAAAAAUAGAGCUGGAGAUAUAAAAACAGCUGCUGAGAAAACAGCUACAGACAAGAAAAGAGAACGCAGGAAAAAGAAAUAUCAAAAGCGUUUGAAAAUAAAGGCAAAAGAGAGGCGGAGAAAGUUGCUUGAGAAGAGCAACCCAGAUCAAGCCGGGAAGUGCAGCAAAGCAGUCGCCUCGGAGAAGCUGAACCAGCUGACCCGAGCUGGCAAAGCAUCCUUGUUAAAGGAUGAAGGAAAGGACAAGGCCCUGAAGUCGUCUCAAGCAUUCUUUGCUAAGUUACAAGAUCAAGUAAAAAUGCAAAUCAAUGAUGCAAAAAAACCAGAAAAGAAGAAAAAGAAAAAACAGGAUAUUUCUGUCCAUAAAUUAAAGCUGUAAUAUAUUUGAAUGUCAUGUACAUAUUAAUGUGUAAGCUAUUUGACUGUUCUGUUUUAUAAUAAAAUUCCUGAGU